GACUCAGUGCAUUUUUAAUCCGCGUGACGAACAGACAUGUCGUCGGACGAAGAAAAUUCCGCAAAAAAAGCGUCAAAUAAAGAGGUCCUCACGGGAGUGAUCGUGAGUAUUGCGAGUGUGGCAGCGGGAACGGCGAUAGCAUGGAGUUCGCCCGUGAAUCCGAAAUUGAGUGAAGAUACGUUGCAUGAUACACCUUUGGAUCGGGUGGCGACGGAAAUUGAAAAAUCCUGGAUUGGGUCGUUGGUGGCUUUGGGGGCGUUUAUCACACCUUUCAUUGCUGGACCACUCUCCGACAAAAUUGGUCGAAAAUGGACAUUACUCAGCAGUGCAAUUUUCUUCAUCCUUUCAUUCAUUUUACUUCUCACGACACGCAGCGUCACCCAAAUCUACAUCGCUCGCUUGAUCCAAGGAUUCGGCGUUGGCUUCGUAAUGACCGUGCAACCCAUGUACAUUGGCGAAAUCGCCUCCGAUGCCGUUCGCGGUGCCCUUGGCUCAUUGAUGCAAUUAUUUAUUACAGUUGGAAUUUUGUACGUUUACGUUAUCGGUCCGUACAACACGUACUACGAGCUUCAAUGGGCUUGUCUGGCAAUUCCCAUCGUAUUUUUCGCCACAUUCUUCUUCAUGCCCGAAAGUCCGAAUUAUCUCAUCAGUCGGGGACGCAAAGAUGACGCCACCAAAGCUCUCGUUUUUUUGCGCGGGAAAAAACCGGAAGAAGUUCAGGAGGAAAUUUCCGUGUUGGAGAAGAAUAUUCAGCUGGCGAUGGAAAAAGCGGGCUCGUAUGUCGAUGUUUUCCGUGGAAAGGCGAAUACGAAAGCUUUGACGAUCAGUGUGGGACUUUGUGUGUUCCAACAAUUGUCUGGGAUUAAUGCCGUUUUGUUCUACACGCAAGAUAUCUUCUUGAAAGCCGUGGGAAAAAGUGGCGAAAGUACGCAUGGAGCACCAGAUUCGGCUUUGUCGACAAUUAUUGUGGGUGCUGUGAUGAUGGGAGCUUCGGGAGUGACGCCGUUGAUUGUCGAUCGACUGGGACGGAAAGUUUUGUUGCUAUUUUCGGCAGCUGGAAUCGUUGUGGCUUUGGGUUUUCUCGGCUUAUUCUUCAUGCUGGACGCCCACAACUACGAAAUCGUGCAAUCUCUCGGCUGGCUACCGGUCACCGCGCUAAUUGUCUUUGUCAUCGUUUACUGUUUCGGCUUCGGACCGUUACCGUGGGCCGUUAUGGGUGAAAUGUUCUCGGCCGAAAUCAAGUCCAAGGCCUCUGCAGUUGUCGCUGGCAGCUGUUGGUUCCUCGGUUUUUGCGUCACGCUCGGAUUUGAACCUUUGGACACCGCUUUGGGCACGCAUUGGGCCUUUUGGUUGUUUGGAAUUUGCAGCGCCGGCGGAUUUAUCUUCGUGCUGUUGAUCGUUUUCGAGACAAAAGGCCUGACAUCGCAGCAAAUUCAAGACAAACUGAAUGGAUUGUGAUUUUAAAAAAAAUUAAAAAUCGAAUUUACUCUUUAAACAAAAAUUAUUAAAUAGAAAUAAAUGUUCUUAAAGCACCAAAAGAGAGAGAAAACGA